AUGCUCCUUAUUCGAUCACCCAUUCCAACCUUACCUCACUGUCCUGGAUAUAUAGGAAUCAACAAUAAUAGUCAUAAUCCCAACCACGAUAACAAUCACAAUUUGACUCACAACACUGCAAUAUCCAAACGCCUCACCCCCAGAUCUCACGACCGCACUCAAUUCCUCACUUCCACCCCUAUUCCCACCUCCAUUCCCACCCGAUUAUCAGUUCAAUCACCUACAUUCCUUUCAUCUUUAUCCACUUCACGUAAAAGACGAUAUCCAUCACUAUUAGAUAGAUUAGAUGUCCGAAUUCCCGUAAAUCAUUUGAAUUCCUUUCAACCGGCACCCACCUACACCCCUCACAAGAAAUAUCGACGGUGUAAUCCCCCAUCAGAGACCAAUCAGGAUAAAGGGGUUAAUAAUCUUUUCGAAGAUUGUGUGAAAGGAAUUGAAGUAGGGGAAACCCCUUUGAUCAAAAAUAAGACAAUGGAUUUCGAAAUGGAUACAGAUAUGAACUUGAACUUGAACAUGAAUAUGGAUACGGACAUGGAAGGGAUUACAAUUCCUUCGUCUAAACCUAUUGAGGUAUAUCCAAAAUCCGCAUCAAUACCAAGAUCAAAUAGUCGACCUAAACUUGGUAAACUUAGUAUCUCUUCUUCAUCCUCGUCAUUAUCUUCUAUUCAAUACGGAUCUGAUAACGAUUCAAAUCUGACUAUAAAAUCGUAUCCAUCCUCUUCAUCUUUAAAUGACAUGUCAUCUUCACCAUCAAAAUCGAUCCUUCCACCUGUGAUGCAUCUCAAACGAAAUCCAAAGAAACUGUCAUUGUCUUUACCUUCCUCUUCUUCCUCUUCUUUAUCUUCGUCUUCUCAACCUAUCAUUCCUUCACCGGAUUGCACUACACCCUCAACAGUUUGUCCUACUCCAACAGCCGAAUCAGAUUCCAAAUUCGGUACUCCCUAUACGCCUGGUCCACCCAAAACACCUGCUUUGGCGAUGUCAUUAGGAAGAUCAACGUUCCGUGGGAAUCGAAGACCUAGUCUGUUAAGUUUGAUAACAAACCCACCUGGAAGCGGGAAUGAUGACGCUCCACCUACACCAAGUGGAAGUGGACUUGGCGGAUCUCAUCCUUACGCCAACAUGAGAUUGAAGAAUAAAGGAAGAGCAAAAAGUUAUACAGCUGCUGAUACAUUAAAUGGGUUCACACAAGAAAGUAGAUCUGCUUUUGGGAAUGGUACUUUUCCCACUAUAGAUGAGAGUCAUCGUGAUCGCGAUCGUGAUCAUUCAGAUGGUGGGCUAAGUGCAUUAGGUUAUGCCUUACCCACUACUAAUUCACCAGACUCUCAUCACGGCGGAGGAUCCCCGACUAACUCUACAUCAACCUUAUCUGAGAGCCUUUCAGCUUCUACAUCAAGAUCGACUUCUUCAACUCCAUCAACAUCACCACCUUUACCGACAUCUUUCACAUUUAAUGUACCAUUAUCAUAUGCACCGAAAAGACAGAUAGAACCAUACGAAGACGGUCCAAUUGAGAUUUUACCUGGUAUAUAUUUGGGUACAGAAGAUUCAGUACACCAUUUUGACAAAUACACUUCUAACACUUCUACAAGUGCUACAUCUUCAAAAGUUAGAAUCAUCAACGUCGCACAAGAGAUUGAUGAUCCCUUUGAUGAAUCGUCAAUGGCAAUUCAUGGAUGGUCCACUUCGAACAAAGGGAAAAAUAAAGAAAAAAUGAAAUUUAAAACUUAUCCUAAAGAUCCAAAUUAUGAUAAUUAUGAUGGGGGUAGACCUGAAAUCGAAUAUUGUCAUAUUAGAUGGUCACAUGGUGAAUUAGGUUUAGCGGAUAUACCAGAUACUGCGGAUUUAAUGGAUGUCCUCAACCCUACGACGAUAACGAAGGAUGAAAUAUCAAAAGAACAAGUAAUCAUGUGGAGAUUUUGGGAAAUCAUUCAAUGGAUGGAAAAAGGUAGAAAAGAAGGAAUACCAAUCUUGAUACAUUGUCAAUGUGGUGUUUCAAGAUCUGCAACCUUGGCUAUUGCAUAUACGAUGACAUUAGCUGCUACAGGUGCAAUGCCGGAAAUACUGGGUCACAUAAGAUCAAUGCAAGAUGCAUAUGAUUUCGUUAAAUCGAAGUCUAGUUGGAUCGGACCUAAUCAUUCACUGGUAUUCCAACUGGUAGACUUCGCCCGACACCUAACACAUCUUCUUUCCCUCCACCAAUCAUCACCCGAUGCAAUCCCGAUCCGAACUUCUUUCCCCAAGAACCAAGACGCAGAGCUGAGUGAAGCUGAAUGGGCUAGACGAAGAAGGGAAUUCGAGGAAAGUGAAAAUGGAAGUAUAACUUCCUCGAGUAACAAUGGAAGUGGAGGUGGAGAAGAAUGCGUUAGUCCAGAAGAAGCUGAUUUGGAAGCUAGAAGAUUAGACGAAGAGAUGUUAUUGAGGAAAGCCAGGAGGUGA